GUUCUGUCCGUCAGUCUUACCGGGCUUACCCACGAAAUCGCAAGUGCAGAACUCGCGCGCAUACGAUAAUUUUGUAGGGACCUUCUGCAUCGAGGUGUUAAUUUUCGCCGGUUUGUAGGACAUUGGUGCGCUCGCCUCAGGCCGAUCCACGAAUGGAGAAUUGGUUAGUUCUGAUAACGUUCGCUUCUCAGAUUGAGCAUCUGGUGAAAGGGAUCCACCCACUGACGGUGGCACUUUUUGUGGUGCUGACCGGGCUCUGGAUCUCCAAUGCCGUCGGUGGCAACGGAUGGCGGUUUGAACUACUCACGAAAAAGAACAAAAAAGUGACUGUGAAAAGUGUCCAGUACUAUGUGAACCAACUUCCUGGGCCAGCCAGUGUUCCGCUGUUGGGGAACUCGCUCAUGAUAUCUACGGAUCGAGAAGAAAUGUUCAACCGACUGAUUGCGGCCCGCAAGAUGUAUGGCCGAAAGCAGGGCCUGAGCCGUUUCUGGAACGGAUCGGCACCGUAUGUGAUCGUAUCGAAGGCCGCUGUCGUAGAGCGCAUUCUGAGCAGCAGUGUGAACAUCGAGAAGGGUCGAGAUUACGACUUUUUGCGACCCUGGCUGGGCGAUGGUCUCCUGACGUGCCCCGCCUCAAAGUGGUACCGGCGUCGGAAGGUGCUGAGCCCUACCUUCAACUAUAAGAUGCUCUCGGAUUUUUUGGCAGUGUUUAACCAGCAAUCCCAAACGAUGGUUAGGAUUUUGGAGAAGGAAGUCGACCGUGAGGAGGGCUUCGAUUGCACCCGAUAUGCGACGUUAUACUCACUGGAUGUUCUUUGCGAAACUGCAAUGGGAGUCCCCAUCUUUGCGCAGGAGCAAUUAGGAUCAGAAUAUGUCAAAGCACAUGAAGAAAUCGGCCAAAUUAUGCUGGAUCGUCUACAAAAUAUAUGGUUGCAUCCUGAUUUUAUUUUUAAACGUACCGAAAAGUACAAACGACAAAUGGAAUGCCUUAAAGUCUUGCACGGAUUUUCGGAAAAAGUAAUCAAGCAGCGACGUCAAUUACAUCACGAGAACUUGCAAUCAUCCAUGACAGAAAAAUCCGAAAUCGACCGAAAGCGGCAGCUUGCUUUUCUAGAUUUACUGCUAGAGACUAAACAGGAUGGAGUUCCCCUAAGCGACCGGGACAUACGGGAGGAAGUGGACACCUUUAUUCUCGGUGGUCAUGACACCACUGCGACUGCGAUCGGUUGGCUGAUGUAUCUGUUAGGAAGCACUCCCCUUAUACAGGAUCGUCUGUUCGAAGAAAUCGACUCAGUGAUGGGCCAAGAUCGGGAUCGCGCCCCAACCAUGAUCGAACUGAAUGAAAUGAAGUUUCUGGACUGUUGCAUCAGAGAAGCUCUCAGACUGUUUCCCAGCAUCCCGAUAAUUGCCCGAAAGCUUACGGAAGAUGUGCUAAUCGAUGAGUACACAAUUCCCGCCAGCACGAACGCCAUUAUUGUACUCUAUCAGCUACAUCGCGAUCCGGAGGUUUUUCCAAAUCCGGAAAAGUUCGAUCCCGAUCGCUUCCUGCCGGAGAACGUCGUGGGACGGCAUCAGUAUGCUUACAUACCGUUCAGUGGGGGGCCUCGAAACUGCAUCGGACAGAAAUUCGGUUUGCUCGAAAUGAAAUCAGUGAUUACGGCAAUGCUUCGGAAAUACCGGAUCGAGGCUCUGGACCGCAGAGAAGAAAUUACUCUGUACGGAGAGUUGGUGCUUAAAUCGAAACAUGGACUGAAAAUAAAUUUAUUUAGAAGAGCUUAGCUGUAGGGUUAGCCUAUCAACAAAAUAAAACUUCCAGCCAGUUUUUAAA